AAUUAAAACACAUAAGUCGUUCAUCUUCGUGCUUAAAUAUAAAUUAAGUUCAUCAACCUAUCAAAAAAAACCUUGUUACCUAUUUCUAGUUUUAUAAAAAGAAAAGUGUUCCUUUCCCUGUGGAUACGAACAUUACUACACUAUACUACGUCUUAGUGUUGUAUUGAUUAAUAUUUUGAGUGCAUACACGACAAAGUGCACGUCAUCAUACCAGCUCGACUUCAAACUUCUUUAAUAAAAUUGGGAAGUGUUCCCCGGCACUCCCCCACCUCGUGUGGUUUGCUCAAGGACUAUUCAAGACACAAUAUGUUGUCUUGAACAGGGCCGUCUUGAGGACUUUGGAGGCCCUAGACGAAAAACUGCUUAAUAUUUAGAAAUUAUAAUAAUAAUGUUAUUUGUAUGACAAAGAAAUCAAAAAUAUAUGAGAUGAAUGGAGUAAAAACACAUCAUAUGAGAAACAACACAUAUCCAAUUUUCUAAGAAUGGUCGUGUAUUUUUCUUUCUCGUCAUUAAAACUCGUAUCACCAACAAUUAAAUUGUCGUUAUGAUCAUUUACACUCUCAUUCUCAUUUCUAAUUUUUGCAUUAUCAUUUGGUUCAUUGUUUUCAUUCUCACAAACUCUUCUAAACUUAUUGUUUCAGUUUGUACCUAAAGUCAUUACAAUACAGACAUAUUUAACCUUUAUAGAAAAAUCAUAAACAAAAAAAAGAAAAAAAUUUACCAAUAUGAUUUCUAGUGACAAUCACAAAGUCAAAAAAAAAAAUUAACUACAUUACUACGACCGUCAAAUUAGGUAAAAGAUACAUAGAUAUUUCUACCACCAUCUAAUAAACUAAUUGUAAAAUUAGUGUAUGUAUUUAUCAAACUACUUAAAUUACCAAUACAUAAGAACAAAAGAAGCAUAUGAAUAAUGUAUAUUCGUUGAUCAUUAAUCAUAAGUUUAUCUUUUAUACUCCAUAGUUUAUUAGUUUUAUUUUAUGUGUGUGUGUGUAUUAGUCUUCCUGUCCAGCGCCGCCGGCCUGAUGGGAACGGCUGAGGACAUUUUGGGAUGUUUUUCAUCAAGUCUAGUUUAUCCAUAUUAAAUUUAAGCUAAAAAUUCAAUCGAGAAGGCAGUCAAAUAAAUUAUUGAAGAACACUGCGCAGUUAAUAUAAAUAAACAGCGCAGUCUUUUUCAAAAAACUUAUUUAACUGCCUCCCCGAUUGAAAUGAGAAUAGAUGUGAGCCAUUGGAUUAACUUCUAAUAUAACCGUGUGAUCCAUCUACGUAGAGGGUAUCCAUGUCAAUUUACUUUCAACCGUUUCCUACAAUCUCGUUCACGAUUCCUUUCCUUUUAUUUCUGCGCCAGUCUUCCCUCCUUCCUAAGAUACUUCCCCUGCGACAUUCUCUUCCCCUCCGACCUUCUUCCCUCUUUCUGCGAUGCGAUGGUCAUUCGAUAUCUGUGAUUUUGCUUGUCGAGGUUUUUUUUAUUCCGCCGCUGGUUUGCUGCUUCAUCUUCUUCCAUGGAGUUCGGUUAGUAUUCAUUCUCAGUUUUUCUUAUUUCAUCCUUUAAUUUAUAUGUAUUUGUAUCGUUUUUGUUUUGGUUGAUUAUGUGAGGUAGUACACAAAUUUGAUAUAAUUCAAUAUAAUAUAGAUUGACGAUUAUUCGUUUCAUCCUUUAAUUUAUACUCCGUAUAUAUUCGUAUCGCUUUUGUUUUGGUUGACCAUUCUUAAUGUAUAUAAAGCUUUAAAAUAUGUGGUUAUAUGCAUUUUAAAAUUUCUAAUUAUUUUGCUCGUACACUUUAAAUUUUAUUACGAUGCUCUUAUAUGCAUUCUGAUAUUGCACUUUUACUCUACUCUUUUUUGUUUUUAUUUCAGCUGUUAAUUCAUAUAUUAUCUUUAUAUGUUUUUUGGGUGAUUAUGUGAGUUAGUACACAAAUUGGAUAUAAUACAUUAGAAUGUAGCUGGAUUAUUUUUAAUUUCCUUAAGAUAUUAUACAUAAUACGCUUGUAGCGUAACCAUUCUUAAUGUAUAUCAAUCAUUAAAAAAUGUGGUUAUAUGCAUUUUUCUUGUGCACAUUUAUACUUUAUUACGAUGCUCUUGAAUGCAUUAUGAUGUUGCACUUUUACUCUGCUUUAUGUGCUAAACCAUGUGUUUGUGAAUCAUUUGUGUCCAUGGUUCCAUCAGUUUCGAAUGACGUUCCCUUCAGCGCAUCUACAUCAAUUUCUCAAUCGUUUGAUGUUAAUUCAAUGAAAGUUUCUCCGGGAUCCACCAUGUACUGGACACCUGAUUGUGAUCCUGCUUUAAAACCGUGUGUUGGUAUGUUAUUCAAAACCUUACAUGAUGGUAUGCUUUUUUUACGACCAGUAUGCAUCAGUUUGUGGUUUUGAAUCACGUAAAAGUAGUCAAUCGAGGGCUCGCGAUGGCGUUAUUGUAUGGAAAUAUAUGGUGUGUAAUAGACAGGGCUUCAAAAACGUAUCUAAAUCUACGAGGUUGUACCUAACACCGAUUCAUGCAACAAUGUUGAUUUAGAUAAUGAGUUACGUAUUGAAAAUGAAGAUUUCACUAUUGAAAAUGAAUCAUCUGAUUCUGAUGGAUGUGAAAAUGAAGAGUAACCUCACAUUGAAGAGUUAAUAACUCCUGGCGUAUGUGUUAACGAUGAUAAGAAAAAAAGACGCAGGGUUUCUAAUAGGUGUGGUUGCAAAGCACGUGCAGUUUAUAGGCUUGCCGGCACUAGUGGAUAUGAAAUUACAUUCUUUGAGGAGAGGCAUAACCAUUGUAUGUUUUCUGAUUCUUCGAUGCCAUUUCUGAAAGUGAAUAAGAAACUUGACCUUGGGCAUCAUUUUUUUUUUGAAUUGCGCUAAGGCAAAUACAUGCAUGAUGAAAUGCUAUCGAUUGUAUAAGGAAACUGUUGGCGGUUAUGCCAAUAUUGGUGCUACAUCCGUGGAUUUUAAGAAUUUCAAACGUGACUUGAAGGCUUAUUUAGUUGGCGUGGAUGCUCAAAGGUUGAUAGAUAAGCUUUUUAGAAAGAAAGAGACUUCUUCCGCCUUUUGAUUUGACUAUGUUGUUGAUGAGAGUGACCAGUUGACACGUAUAUUUUGGGUGGAUCCAGUGUGCGUAAAGAACUACGCGUUAUUCGGGGAUGUUGUUUCUUUUGAUGCUACCUACGAGACAACAGUAUUUUUAUAAUUAGUUAAUCCCUUUAUUAUUUAAAUUAUUCAUAAUUUUAUGCAUGUUACCAUACUAUUUUUCGUAUGUCAUUCAUUGAAAAGUUAUCGCAAUGGGCAUUUUAAAUUUAAUCAAUGCACUAUUAAUUUUUUCUUUGACAACGCAGGUAUAACAUGGUUUUUGCCCCUUUCACCGGCGUUGAUAAUCACAAAAAGUGCAUUACUUUUGGUGUGGGUUUGUUGUUGAAGGAGGAUGUGGAAUCAUACUUUCAGCUAUUUCGUUGUUUUCUAAAUGCAAUGGGUCGAGAACCAAAGUGCAUCAUUACAGAUCAAGACAAAUCCAUGAAAAUUGUUAUUCCACAGGUCUUCACUACAGCAUGUCACAGAUUUUGCAUGUGAUGUUGGUCCCAAAUAAUAAGAUUGAAGAACAGCUAAAUAAGAUCUACAAUAAUAUAGAGAAGGAUUCUUAAUAAUGAUUGAGAAAUAAUCUGAACAGAAGAAAUCCUUACGCUAUACUAUCGAGAAAUAAAGAACGAAAACUCUGAGUGAAAGGCGCUGUAUAUUUCUGAUUAUCGAUUAUUCGGUCCUGUACCACAUGUACGCAUAUUUAUAGGCGUAGGUACAGGUACUGAAAUGGUAACCUAGAACUCUGGGCCUAAGGCCUUUUUGGGCCUUAUUACCAUAGUUCAUUUAUUCUUUACAUAAUGGCUAUAAAUGAUAAAACUAUUCUAAUUGGAAUAACAAGACUCUAGACAAACUUGAUCACAAUAAAUAUUUUCCUCAACACGUUUGCAUUUCCUAUUAAUAAAUAAACAGCGCAGUCUUUAACAUAGUCCUAUUAAGGUAAAUCUCCUUUGAAAAAGACUACACACACUGUGUAAGACCUAAGUAAUGUGUUUUAUCAAGAGUUUUAGUUGGAUCCCUCACACGUUUGCAUUUUCCUGCUUUAUGAUUGUAAAAAUAGGAUUUGGUUAACUUGCUCUUAAAUAAAU